CACCCCCCACAAUUCUCUCGUCUUUUUGAAUUUGAAAUUUCCAUUGGAUUCUCUUCAAGGUUUUAUCGUUUUCUUGAAUUUCCGAUCAGAUUUUCUCGAAAUCCCCAUCAGAUUUUCUUGAAUUUCCGGUCAUAUUUUCUUGGGAUUCCGAUUUGAUAUGGCUGUAGAAACUGAUAAAGCGCCAGCUCCGGAGGCCCCAGCGGCCGCCGAUGCUAAGGACGUGGCCGUUUCCGAUGUUCCGGUGGCGGAGAAGCCGGAGGCCCUGGGUUCUGAACCUGAGACGGUUGUGAAGGCGGAAGCGCCUGAGGAAGCCGCGGCGGAAGGAGAAAAGGGGAAGCCUCCGGUCACCGAAUCGACGUCAUUUAAGGAGGAGAGCAAUAAGGUGGAGGAGCUUCCGAACCCGGAGAAGAAAGCUUUGGAUGAGUUCAAACAGUUGAUUCAGGAGGCUUUGAACAAUCACGAGUUCACCGCCCCGCCGCCGGCGAAGGAGGAGGAGAAGAAGCCCGCGGCAGCCGAAGAGGAGCCAACGCCGGAGAAGAAAGAAACAGAGGAUUCCGUCCCACUCGCUACUGAGGCUCCGACUGCGACGGCGGCGGAGGAAGAGCCGCCGAAGGCAGAAAAAACAGAGGAACCGAUCCCAGAACCAGCCACGGCGGAGGCCGAGGAGAAGAUCGACGAGAAGUCCGUCGCACCGGCGGAGGAAAUCAAGGAGACAAUCGUAGAAUCCGCAACAUCCCCAGCACAGACGGAAACCCAACCGGAGCAGGUCUCCAUCUGGGGAAUCCCGCUGCUCUCCGACGACCGGAGCGACGUGAUCCUCCUGAAAUUUCUCCGGGCACGCGAUUUCAGGGUCAAAGAAGCCUUCUCGAUGCUCAAAAACGUCGUGUUGUGGCGGAAACACUUCGGAAUUGAAGAUCUCCUCUCAGAAUCCGAUCUGGGCCAAGGCCUGGAAAAGGUUGUCUACAUGAACGGCUCCGACAAGGAAGGGCACCCGAUCUGCUACAACUCUUUCGGAGAGUUUCAGGACAAAGAGCUGUACCAGAGCACCUUCUCCGACAAGGAGAAGCUCAACAGAUUCCUGAGAUGGCGGAUUCAGUUCAUGGAGAAGUCAAUCAGGAAUCUUGACUUCAGCCCGGAGGGGAUUUGCACCUUUGUUCAGGUGAUUGAUCUCAAGAACUCGCCGGGUCUUUUCUUCUUCAAGAAGGAGCUUCGCCAGGCCACUAACAGAGCCCUCCAAUUGCUCCAAGACAAUUACCCAGAAUUUGUUGCCAAACAGGUGUUCAUCAAUGUUCCAUGGUGGUACCCAUCCUACUAUAAGAUGAUCAAUGCCCUUUUCACCACAAGGACCAAAAGCAAGUUUGUCUUUGCAGGCCCUUCUAAAUCUGCUGAGACCCUCUUCAAGUACAUUGCUCCAGAGCAAGUUCCGGUCCAAUACGGUGGCCUUAGCCGGGAGGGUGAUUACGAGUUCACCACCGCUGACCCUGCAACCGAAGACACCAUCAAGCCUACUUCCAAGCACACCCUCGAGUUUCCCGUUAAUGAGAAUAGCAGUCUAGCUUGGGAGGCAAGAGUGAUAGGGUGGGAUGUGUCGUACGGAGCUGAGUUCGUUCCGGCGGACGAAGGGGCCUACACCAUCAUCUUGGAGAAGCCGAGGAAGAUCGGGUCAGCGGACGAGACCAUAAUAGGUACAACCUACAAAGCAGACAGUACAGGGAAGGUGGUGCUAACCUUCAACAACCAGACUUCAAAGAGGAAGAAGCUUCUCUACAGGUCCAAGACCAAGCCUUUGGAAUGAAAGAAAAUAGUAUGCCAUUACUUGUACUGCUUCUGUUAGUGCCCUGUUUGGUUGGUUAUUAUCCUGGUGCUUCAAGUUAUGUUUUGUUCAUAGAAUUUCUUCUUUUUUUUACAUUUGAUAUUUAUUUCAUUUUUUUUACUUUCAAGAGGAGUUUUGGAUGAUGUUUGGGUUGUUUUUGGUAUGUGGAUGGGGAAAAAUAUAUAUUGUGGAAUCAGUGGAAUGUGUUUAUGAAUUAAGACAAACAUUUGUUAUUAUAUAUAUCUAAGGGGAUUUUUUUUCUUGUGCUGAUCAAAUAUGGCAUUGCUGUUUUUAUUU